AUGGCCCUGGGCAACAACCGCCGUAGCGAUAGUGACAGUAUGGUGGUCCAUUGUCACUGCCUGAUGCGAGAUCAGGCGGCGGCGGAUGCCUUUGGCGCAAGCCAAAUCAAUACCGGCAAUGGACUUGAUGCAAAUGGCUUCCCUUUUCUUGGUAGACUAUCGAGAAGUCGAGUCGAUCUCACUUGGAGCCGUAUAAUGCCGUAUAGCACUGUUAUUGAUUGGAGGCCUACCUGGGAUCCCCGUGCGAACAAUGCUGUUAACGUUCGUGCGAUAAUUGGUCAAAUGAUUGGCCACCAAGCCCCUAUGGGCGAAGCUUGUGAUUCUUGCAAGGAGAUGAAUGGACCCUUCGACUCCUGUCGGAUUGCCUUCCUCCCCGGGGUGGGAUUCCAGUCGUCUCUCGGGUGUACUUCUUGCCAGUACUCAGGGUUGGCCCGCAGAUGCUCCCUUCGCCCUGACGUUUCUGUGGGUGAUACCCCAAAGUGGGUUUAUGAUCUCGUGAAGCGGUACCAACCUGACAGCGUGCUCCUGAGGUACCCGCUGAUGAGCCGACAUGCGGAGACCAGUGCGAGGCGAAUUUCUAAAUCCAUGAAAGAAGCGCCAGUAAAUUCGUCCAGCAAGCAGGAUGAGCCGAUUCUGACGAAGCCAACUCGUGCAGCUGCUGUCAAAAACGAUAACAAUAACUCGGAGAUGCCAAAACAGACUAUGAGGAAACGUUCAGCCUCCGACACUCACCAGACAAGCGGGAAAUCCAAGAAAAAGAAGAAGCCCGUCCCUGAACCCCCCUCUGCUGUUGUUGCCGAGCCCCGUAGCGGCCCCAAGUAUGAUGCUAUAUUAUACCAGACGCCCCUAGAUUGGUCUAUGAUCGAUGGCAUGACCGAUCGGAAUUGGUGUGUUAAUGUGUUCGAGCGACUUGUGGAGGUCCGUAAACGGGUUGAGUAUGAUUAUCGGUUGCUAAGCCAGGCGAUGUUGAGCAAGGGCUGGCUGACAGAGAAGGAUCUUGAGAGCGGCGAAGAUGAAGAUGAGGAGGAGGAGGAGGAGGAGGAGGAGGAGGAGGAGGAGGAGGAGGACGAGUCCGUGGAUGGUUUACUGGCUAGGAUUCAGGUGUAA